AUGGGUAAGAGUCAGGUUGUGGGAAGUGAAGUGAAAACCUCCCAUACUGUAUACCUGACCAUGUUCCAGUGUGCUGUAGGACCUGGCAGCUAUCCUGUGUGCCUGUCCAUAUUCCAGGAGGACCUGUCCAUGUUCCUGUGCUACCUGCCAGUAAUCCUGUGUACCUGUUUGUAUUCCAGGAGGAUCUGUCAGCUGUUCACAGAGAAGAGAACAUCGGACUUGACUAGUGAAAUGUACUACAGUUGUCUCGAGAACAUCCCGGCAACCGGCGGUGCGUUGACGUGUCCAACGUGCGGCCAGGACACCCCUCUGUCACAAGGCGGCGUACAGAGUUUGCCGGACAACACUCUUGUGGCAAAGCUGUAUGUACAAAGGGAUCCCAACACAAAGGUUGUAAGAGCCAGUUGCACGGACUGUGAGUCAGACGAGAAAGAUGCUGCAUUCUACUGUUUUCAGUGCAUGAAGUAUCUCUGCGUGGCUUGUGAGGAAGCCCACAGGCUGACGGACACCUUUAACCGUCACGAACUGUGGAUAGCGGACAACCUGUCAGAAACACAGAAGGUGGUUGCCACCGAGAGCUCGAGCGAAGCGACGAAGUGUAAAGACCAUGGCGAGGUGAGCGUUCUCUACUGUAACACUUGCCGUGAGGUUCUCUGCGCACACUGUGUCGUCAAAACACACAAGCUGCACGAUUUCGUCGAGAUAACGGAAGCCAGGGAGAAGGGGCUGAAGCGAAUCGAGAAAGGAAUCGACGAGGCACAGUUUUGCGUGGAGAACCAGCGGAGAAAACUCGACAUGGCGGAGGAGACUGCGAAGAGGGCGUCGGAACAGUAUGAUACAUCUCGCCAACAAAUUCACGAGCGUUCCCAGUAUCUUAUCCAGCUCGUACGCGAGUCAGAAGAACGCUGUCUCAAAGAGCUGGAAGAAAAUCUCAAGUACAAGGUAGAGAGUACAUCUGGAAAGCAAGAAGAGCUUCUAGAUUCCUACAAGACCCACAUAGACCUCUCCCAAACACUUUUAGCCCACGGUAACUCAACGGAGAUAUUGUCCCUUAGCGGUUGUCUGGCAGAUCGACUGGACAGUUUGAAGAUGAAAAGCUUUGAAUCGGGAAACAAAGACGGACUAUCAACAAAAGCAUCCAAAGGCCUCACUUUUGAAGUAGAGAGGGAAGAUGUCAAAGCCGAAGUCGAGUCGCUUUUUGGUCAAGUAGGGAAGACAGAUAACUUCAUGGAAGAGACCUCUCCGCGGGAAAAUCGGGAAGAAACUGUGACGUCACUGGGAGGACUGACCACUCAAUGGAAGAGCGGCAGACCACGGUCAUUCAGUCUAGCGGUCACCGCCCCCGGUGACGUCAUCGUCGCCGGGCAACGAGUGCUGAAGAUCUUCAACGGAGAGACCUUUGACGUCAGAAAAACCGUUGACUUGACCUUCGAACCUAAGGACGUGGCGUAUUCAAACGACAACGUGUACGUCACAGGAGAUGGAAGCAACAUCCACAUCUUUACCAGUGGUGGGGCGGAGAAAGACGCCGUUAAUGUAGAGGAUGCCGAUCAACGGUAUAGUACGCAGGGUAUAGCAGCAAACAAGCCUGGCCAUAUCAUAGUGUCUAUGGGUGCACAGGUGUAUGUGUUACUUCCUAACGGUGGCAUUGAAUGCAGUUUUGUGGGAAGCGAGGAGCUCAAAAAGUUGCUGACCCGUAAAACUGUACGAUCUGCCUGGAGGCUGUACAUUGCCACCAACAGUAGAGACCAAAUCAUCAUCAGUGAUCCGAGUAGUAACAACAUCAGUGUGUUUGAUAUGGUGGGGAAUCGUGUGGGUACCAUAGCAGGGUAUGGUAAAGGGGACGGACAACUCUUCUGCCCUACCGGUGUUUUCGUGGAUGGUGACGACAACAUAAUUGUAGCAGAUUGCCGUAACGAUCGCGUGUCAAAGUUCGGUCGGGAUGGAACAUUCGUCAAGCACGUGAUCACCAAGCAUGACGGGCUGUUUGCACCAAUGGGCGUGGCUCUAUCACGUGAUGGGCGGUGUCUAAUUGUUUCUAGUCUGUUUGACUGCAUGCACAUAAAAGUUAACGGUUUUUCAUACUACGUGUGCUAG